AUGGAGCACCGUGAUAAUCUGGGUUGGAAUUGGAAUUGGUGUAGACCAAUUCGAACAAAUCACGAGGAACAUAUGGUCAGUGAGCUUAUGAAUUUAAUACCUGCUAGGUUGGAUAACAAUUCUAAGGAUGGUUGGGUUUGGAAUCUCAAAGGUAAACUGCACUUUUCGGUUUCACAACUCCGUCAACUUAUCGAUCACUAUUGUCUUCCUACUGAUAGUAACGUUAAGACUAGAUGGAACACUUUAGUUCUGAAAAAAUUCAAUAUUUUCGUAUGGAAAUUGUGCCGUGACCGCAUCCCCACUAACGUCAACUUUUUUAUAAUAGGAAUCGACGUAAGUACUGUUCGUUGCCACCUAUGUCAAGAUGGUAUUGAUGAAACCGAUCACAUUUUCCAGAAUUGUAAGAAGGCUGUAGAAACUAGGAAAUUAUUAUGUGCUUGGACUCGGUUGGACUUUCCCGCCGAUAAGCCUGCAGAAGUUAUCAAUUGGUGUGACAAGAUUGAUAAGUCAGAUAGUAUGAAAAGAAGAGUCGAGGCCAUCUUGUUUAUAUGGUGGUGGUACUUGUGGAAAAAUAGAAACAAUAGUUUUCAUAACAAUGCUCAAGAGAGUAGUCUGGAGACUUUUAAUGCUAUUGUUGCUUUGGCUUUUCUUUGGAUUAAGAAUAGAGACAGGAAGGUUACGUUAUCUUGGGAAACAUGGAUUGAUCAGCCUUUUCAAUGA